AGUUUUUAAGCUGUAGUUUGGCGGUCUGUUGACAGGUAUUCCCUGCACGAAUCACAGGCUCUCAAGGAGUGGGGAUUCCGGAAAGGGAAGAAGCACACUCACCAGGAAAGGAGCCUCGGGUUUCACACCCCUUCGGGCCAUGCCCAGCGUGCCUGAGGGAGGUGGCUACGAGGUAUCUCCUGGCGAAGGAACCUUCUCUUACCGCCAUGCCUUCGGACUUCUUUCUGCAGCCUCUGGACGGCGGUCCCCGCGUGCCCGUGGGGCCGGGGCAGACUGUGAUAGGCCGCGGGCCGCUGCUGGGAAUAACAGACAAAAGAGUAUCCAGAAGACAUGCCAUUCUUGAAGUGGUUGAUAGUCAGCUUCGAAUCAAGCCAAUCCAUAGGAAUCCAUGUUUCUACCAGUCCUCGGAGAAGAGCCAACACUCGCCAAUGGAGACGCAAGUGUGGAGCCAGUUGCAUCCCGGGGAUAGCUUUUCCCUGUUACUUGACAAGUACGCUUUCCGUGUUUUCUCUGCAGAAUCUGAAGUGGAGAUGGAGUGUACUCUGAGAAACAGUCAGAUGCUUGAUGAAGAUGAUAUAUUGAGUGAGAUGCAGAAGUCCCCUGUGGUUAACUUACCUGAUAAGACAACUGGUGCCUCACAGCUGCAAGGAAGCCCUGAAAUAACCAAGACCAAGUGUCCCACCAUAGAUCCUAUGUCCUCUUCAGGUGAAUGCAGAGCUUUCAGUGAGCACCAGCCACGUCCUACCCAGAGGAAAAGAAUCCUCCCAGCUUGGAUGUUGGCGGAAAGUCUAAGUGACCAGAGCCUCUCCACACCAGCUGAGGGGGGAGAUAAGGAUGUCAUCCAGAGGAGUGGAAAAGCAGGAACCUGUGAAGAUAGAACCCCAGGAAACACAUCAUGGCAUGGGAAAAAGCGGCUUAGUCCAUCAGGAAAUUCAAAAAGUGUGUCAGCGGAACAAGACCCUGGGAAGAAGUGCAGAAAGGCUGACCAAGAAGGACCGGGUGUUUCUUCUGAGAAUGUUCCAGAAUCAUCAUCUUCAAACAUAGUAAAGGACCCAGAUGUGGAUAUUGUGAAGACAAAUAAACAGAAGGACGGGAUUUUAAUAGAGGAACUUGGUGAGGUCUCUAAACAUAAAGCCGCCACCAAACCAACCACAAAUGAAGAGGGCGAGAGUUGUGCACGUGUCCAAAGCAAGUCACCUCCUGAGAAAUCUCAAGGAUGCCAUCCUGAGUCUAGCUCUGCUCCCUCCAGUCCUGAUGCUUUGCACACAGACACAGCUGACCCAGUGCUGGGCUGUUCAGAAGAAAGCAAGGUCCGGAGGACGGCCUGCAUGUAUGGGGCCAACUGCUACAGGAGGAACCCCCUCCACUUUCAACACUUCAGCCACCCUGGUGACAGUGACUAUGGAGAGGUACAUGGCACAGAUGAAGGUGUGAUUGGUGACAGGCCCGAGUGUCCCUAUGGAGCGUCUUGUUACAGGAAGAACCCCCAGCACAAGAUGGAAUAUAGGCACAGUGCACUUCCAGCCAGAGUUGCUCUGGAUGAAGAUGACGAUGAUGUCGGGCAACCCAGUGACGAUGAGGACGAGGAAGACUAUGAGCCGACAGAUGAAGAUUCUGAUUGGCACCCAGGAAAGGACGAUGAGGAGCAGGAAGAUGUGGAUGAGCUUUUGAAAGAAGCAAAAAGGUUUAUGAGAAGGAAAAAGUAGCGUUUCUGCAAUGACUCACAUUUGCUUUUUUUCUCUGUGGGAAACAUACUCAUUUUUUUUUUCUUUUAAUAGUUCUUUGCACUUGAAACAUUGAAACACCAGCCUUCAGUGAAAUAGGUGGAUGUAUGCUAUUGCCUAUUUUGGUGCCUAUUUAAUGUAUCCAUCAGUGAAAGCAGGUAAAGAGGUUGGGCAGUCUGAUAUUUUCUAAAUACUUUACAUACUGCGAAUAAAAAGCCAUAGGUUGUACAAACCUUUGAUCUUCUGCCCUGAGGUCUUUAUAGAGCUCCCUGCAAGCUUAGCCAGGUGAUUACAGAAAAGUGGAAGAGCACAACCCCACACUGCUGUUGAAAGAGGCCCCACAAAGCUAGACUUGAACAAAUGACAGCCAGCAGUGUGCCACGUCUCUAAUAUAUUAGAUGUGGCUUUGUGAUUUCAUUUACGGCUUUUGUCCUUUGAAUCCUGGGAAGACUAUUAACAAAUAGGUGCUGAAAAUGAUCCUGUUAACCUAUAGGGCAGCAGUACUCGCCUUGCAAGGAAAUGGUUUUUGUGCAUCCACAACUGCGUAUGUAUAUCUGUGAGAGUAUAAAGAAGACGACUGCGGAGCCCUUGUGUGGCUCUCACACCGCCCUGCACACACCAUGCCCCGCCCACACCAUGCCCCGCCCACACCAUGCCCCGCCCACACCAUGCCCCGCCCACACCAUGCCCCGCCCACACCAUGCCCCGCCCACACCAUGCCCCGCCCACACCAUGCCCCGCCCACACCAUGCCCCGCCCGACUCCUUUGCUUGCUCUGUGCACCUUUACACUGAGGACACGAGAAGCUUCAAGCCACUGUCUUCUCAGAGGGUCACCUGAGAGGUGCGUUCUCUGCUGUGGAUAGGGUUCUGGCCUCUGAAGAAGCCUCUGCUCCAAGGAUGGAGCAUGUCUGGUUUUAGGCCAGCUUCCCUCUGAGCAGUCUGCAGAUUGGGGUACAUCAGCUCGUGAAGCAGUGUGGGGAGCGGGUGUGGCGGCAGUCCCAAAGGCGCCAGGGACUGCAGCUAAGUCAUAUGACUUUCACCUGACUUCCUCAUAUAAGACACAAACAUCUUGAGUGCUGCUUAGGUGUACCAGGAUACAGGUGAAUCCAAUUUGGUGGAGAUUUGCCCCUGCUGCCCUGAUUAGCUGAAGCCUCGUGACUGGCGAGGGGGCGUGGCCUGCGGUGCAUGGAUGAGAGAGAGUAUAAAAGGAGUGAGAGGCCCAGGGUUCGGGGGAGAUAUAAAAACAAGGGAGAUAUAUAAACAAGGGAGAUAUAAACAAGGGAGAUAUAAACAAGAAGAAACAGGACUGAAUAAACGUGUGCAGAAAGAUCCUGUUGCAGCGUCGUUCUUCCUGGCCAGUUGGGCGCACGCAAGAAAGCAGUGAGCCAGAAGCUCCUUGUCAUUCUUCACUCAAGAGGAAAUAAAAUGCACAUCUUAGAACAAAAGGGGCCACAUGCUUUCUUCGUAUUUGUGAGUCUCUCCAUGUAAUUGCACAGGGUUAAAUUUACUUAAACUGAAGAAAGACAGAAUAAAUAUUUCUCUAUUAUCA